AUGUGCGCCAAUGGAAUUAUUUGCGAACUCGACGGGCCAUUCCCCGGUCACAGGCAUGACGCUGUCAUGCUUCGAGAAAGUGGGCUGUACGACAAGCUGGAGCGGCUGGUACAGGGCUCCACGUUCACUAUAUAUGGCGACCCUGCGUAUCCGCUGCGGCCUUUGCUGAUGCGGCCAUAUGCUGGUGUAUCUUUAACUGCGCAGCAGCAGGAAUUUAAUAGGGCCAUGAGUACUGUGCGCCAGGCCGUCGAAUGGGGGUUUGGCAAAACUCUUUCUUUGUUUUCAUUUGUAGACUUUAAGAAAAAUCAGAAGCUCCUGCUACAAAAUGUGCCACAAAUGUAUCGGGUGGCAACAAUCCUAACAAACUGCCACACAUGCCUGUAUGGCAGCCAGGUAGCCAUGUUUUUUUGA